UUAGGCAACAGUCAGUAUUGUGAAAUGUACAUGUGCUGACCAACAUGAUCAAGGAGCUGGUCCAUUUUGGGGGCUUUCGGUCAAGAUUCCACACAGCGUCAGUUUAUGGUCCACAAGUUACCUUUCUGCUCUUCGGGAUGUGUUUUUUCAUGGCAUUAGUACCUGCUCAUAUUGCUCUUGUGAACUUGGAUACGGAUCCACCAAUGACAGACAAGGACCGGACUGCAUCUCACCUAUCUUCUCUAAAAGCUCUACUAUCAAAUAAAAAAUAUACAGUUCGUCUAGGUCUCCGUGUAACUCUUGUUGGUCCCAGAGAGCUUCUUGACCCGCAGUUACUUCUCGCUCUACAGAAAGAGGCAGGCCUCUUCAACAUGGGAGGAAAUGGAGGAGUAUUUUCCUUGCGCAUAGUAAGAAUGAAGAAGAAUCAGGAUUGUCCCCUGAAAGUUAACAGAAGAACAAUUUUUCCCCUUGAUAUGAAGACUUAAUUGUUUUCACCUCUGUAGCUUUGUGAUAAAACAGAUCAUAGCUACUUGUCCGUUGUGUAUGUAAUUUAUCAAAAUAUAACUUAAUUACCGUGAAAUAGCGGUGAUUUUCUUUGUUGAUUCCUAUUUAGACUGCCACGCCUAUCAUAUUGUGGCCAAUAGCAACACAUAGUCAGCCUUAAUCCCACCCUCUCAUAUAGCUUCCUUCUGUCAACCCUGAAAGUUUAUGUAUCCAAAGUAGGUGGUUACUGAGUGGGUGUCACGUAUUUAAGCGUAGUAGAGUAUUAGACUAAUUGAAAACAACUCAUCUCAAAAUCUAUUCUGACCUGUGCCCUUAACUGAGGCGUGCGAAGAGGCAAAUAAUGUCUUGUCGAGAUCCAAAUGAUACACUGCAACCCGAAGAAACUGAAUUCCAACAAUUAGUUCUUCAAAUUGGGGGUAAAGAAAGGAUAAACUUGGUAAGUGAUUCCUUUCAAACUAAUGACGAGGAUGGUGCUGGAAUAAUGCACGAGUUUGUCCAAGACAUGUUUUUUGGACAGCGAACUGGACACAACGUGAGCUAUGCCGAAAAGAACACGAACAGUCAGGAUCAUCCUUUAGGCAUUGCAAACGAAAAAAACGUUUUGUGCGAUACUGAUAUCAACAUUAAGACUUCGCCUCAAGAAAAUAAAACACCUCUGUCAACGACGCCAAAGGAUUUGGAACUGACUGGCAAGCCUGUGGGGGAGGAAAAAACAAACAAGCCACUCCGUGAGGACAUCGAAAAAAGCAUUAGAACAUCAAGUAUAAACAGUUGCGGCCUAAAGCGAACAAUAGACUCUCCUAUCAUAAUAUUUAUUUUCAGCCAAGAGUUUUUAAGUAUAAGUUCAAACGAAAUCUGCCUAAAAGAAAUUCUGAAGGACGUUAGGGCACGUACGAAACGUGUCAGUGUCCGCCCGGCCCUGAUCGGGUUAAUAAGAUCAGUCGUGGAGAGUGAAGAGACGCGUGAAUCUAUGGGAUUUCUUGAGGGCGCACUUCGUUCCGUGUUUCGGAAGCAUGCACCUGAAGCAAUCUGGGUCGGGAUCUUCAUUCCCAAAUCGGAGCAGAGGAUGAUGACCAUCAAGAAAAAUGCUUGCAGAGUUUUUCAUUCAUCUCAAACUUCAGAUAAUAGGCCUACUGGGAAUAGUGGCAACAGGAUUCACUGGCAAUUUCAAUGUUUGCCUUGGACUGGUAGAGGAAGACAUGGAGGUCCAGACAGCACCCCAAGUAACAGGCAACAAGGUGACGCAGGAAUUGCAGAGGAAGGAAUCCCACUGAAGACCAAUGUCCUUUCAAGUGGACCUUACACAGGCUGUGGGGGAGCAGGGAAGGACACUCUUCAGUCAUGAGAUCCUUUUCUGUUGACAGUACCCCCACUGUUAAACUAACACAAGUCAACCAUGGGCAUGAUUCUUUGGUUCUAGAUUGGGUCAGUUAGCUGACAUGUCAUGUGACAGACACCUUGGCUUGAAAGCAUAUGAUCCAGCACAUUUCCGUUGAUUAGUAAAGUCUAUAACAUAAGGAAGUUGAGAUGACAACUAACUCAUUAGUCAGACAAUAUACAUUGUUUAGUCUGGCACAUUCCUUUUGUAUGUAAUUUUUAAGAAACUCACUUUUCAAAAAGGAAACUAAGGGGAAUAUGUACUGUAUUAAGUUCUGUUGUUAAAAUAUUUUUGAAUACUGUUGUAACGUAAUCUAAAAGUUAUGUAAUACACACUUGUUUAAGGUAGCCUGAAUUAAUCAAAUGGUAACCUAAUUAGGAAGUUAUCAAAUCAUUAUUUUGAUGUAACACAACUUUGGUUCAGGAAGUGGAGAUUGUAAUAGUGAGCCGUUGUCCGGUACAUUAGUGGGUGUUGCACUUGAAUUGAAGUGUAAGAAUUCUGAAGACCUGACUGUGAAAUAUGUGUUUACCUUAGAAGAACAAGUCAAACAAUUGCACUAAUAGUAAAAAAAAAAAAAUCUAUACUUGUCUUUUUCAACCUUUAAGCAGUGUAUAAUGAUUUAAGAGAUUUACAUAUAUUACAGAAUACUACUUCAGUGUAAUUAUGAAAUAAACACAUUUUUUUA